UGUAACCGGCGAUCCUCUUUCUGGUAUAACUCUUCCACCAAAAUUUAUUUCCGAUUACUUUCUCCUUUCUUCUUGUUGAUUUUAUCCUUUUGAUCAUUCAUGUUCGAGUAAACGAUAAAACUGUUGCUUGAAGUUUUUUAAUGGCGAUUUCUAAUGUGAUGUUAGAGUCUAUGUCUAGAUCUCUAUUAAGAUUCGAAUACUGAAUUCGCGGGAAGUGGACUUUUUUGUUUCUAAUGAUUGAUUUAGUACUGAUAAGUGAUAACGAUGUAUAUAGUUUUUGUUCUGGACUUGAAUUUGAAAACAUACUUUUGUUAAAGCUCAGUUAUGGAAGACGUGAAAGGGAAGGAGAUUAUUGAUGAUGCUCCUAUUGACAACAAGGUUUCAGAUGAAAUGGAGAGUGAGGAAAAUGCGAUCAAGAAAAAGUAUGGAGGAUUGUUGCCUAAGAAGAUUCCUUUGAUAUCUAAGGACCAUGAACGUGCGUUUUUUGACUCAGCUGAUUGGGCUUUAGGCAAGCAAAAAGGACAGAAGCCGAAAGGGCCUUUGGAAGCUCUCCGCCCAAAACUGCAGCCAACCCCGCAACAGCAACCAAGAGCAAGACGAAUGGCUUAUUCUUCAGGCGAAACUGAAGACACUGAGAUUGAUAACAACGAAGCUCCGGAUGACCAAGCCUGCGCAUCAGCUGUGGAUAGUACCAAUUUAAAGGACGAUGGAGGCGCAAAAGACAACAUCAAAUCAUGAACAACAUAUAGAGAUCUCUUGAGGAGCGCAAACAAACAACAUCACAAGUCAAUUUACAGAAGAAUAAGCGACCAGGUUUGCUUUGCAACGGUUGUAAUAUCAAGUCUCUUACCUUAUCAUACUUGGGACUGCAAAUCUGUAUCACUUACAAACCUCCUGGCUUGAAACGUCUAUUGGACGAUUGCAAAUGAUUUGCUUU